CUCUCUCUCCUCUCGCCUUCUUUCUCCCUCCCUCUCUUGUACUGAGUCUCCAGGAUUUCUCUCUCCCUAUUUCAGGAGGGCUCUCACAGACUAGGGCAGCCUGUGCGAAGCUGAGCUUCCCCUGGAUCCUGUAUACACACAACACACACUCACACGCACUCCCAUCCACAAGAACUACACGCACCGCGCACAGACCCGCUCACUCCAGUCUCUCCAUCCUCCCCUCAAGCCAAGGCAACGCGCGGUUCCCACCUUCACUCUUCCACCGGCAAAGCCAGGCUUGCGGGGACUCCCGGAUUUCUACUGCUCGGGAACUCGGAUCGCAGCCUCGAACCCCUUAUGCCUUUUCCCCCCAUCUCUCUAUUUUUCCUUUGGUUUGGGGGGAUAGAGAAGAAAGGCGGCUGCUUUCCCAGACAGCUCUGGUUGGCUUGUUUGCCAUCUUCCAUCUGGCUUAUAAAAGUUUGCUGAGAGCAUUGCAAGAGGUCUGGGUUGCUCAUCCCCUCCACUGGCGGCGGGGGGUGGGGGUGGGCAGGGGACAGGGAGGUGGGGGGAGGGCGCUGCUCACUCCGGAGGCAUCCCGACGUUUGGGGCAAGGUGAAGACGGUGCCGGACCUGGGAUUUAUUUACUGAGCUGGAUUUGCAUGCUACACCAUGCCUUCUCGGAUCGGGGCUCUGCUUUUCUCUUUCGCCGGGCUGCUGCUAUCACUUUCAGUCGAGGCGGAUGUUAAAGCUCGGAGCUGCAGUGAGGUCAGGCAAGCUUACAGUGCCAAAGGAUUCAGCCUGGUCAAUAUACCCUACCAGGAAAUAGCAGGGGAACACUUGAGAAUCUGCCCUCAGGAAUACACAUGCUGCACCACAGAAAUGGAGGACAAACUGAGCCAACAAAGCAAACUGGAGUUUGAAAAUCUGGUGGAAGAGACGAGUCAUUUUGUGCGUACCACCUUUGUAUCAAGGCACAAGAAAUUUGAUGAAUUUUUCCGAGAGCUCCUAGAGAAUGCAGAAAAGUCACUUAAUGAUAUGUUUGUCCGGACAUAUGGGAUGCUCUACAUGCAGAAUUCUGAAGUGUUCCAGGAUCUCUUCACAGAAUUGAAACGCUACUAUACUGGAGGUAAUGUGAAUCUGGAGGAGAUGCUGAAUGACUUCUGGGCUCGGCUACUGGAGCGAAUGUUCCAGCUCAUAAACCCCCAGUACCACUUCAGUGAGGACUACUUGGAGUGUGUUAGCAAAUACACAGACCAACUGAAACCCUUCGGAGAUGUACCCAGGAAACUAAAGAUUCAAGUGACCAGGGCCUUCAUUGCUGCUCGGACCUUUGUUCAGGGACUGACAGUAGGCAGAGAAGUUGCAAACAGAGUUUCCAAGGUCAGUCCAACCCCAGGGUGCAUCCGAGCACUAAUGAAGAUGCUGUACUGCCCAUAUUGUCGGGGACUUCCCACUGUGAAACCUUGCAACAACUACUGCCUCAAUGUAAUGAAGGGAUGCUUGGCAAAUCAGGCUGAUCUAGACACAGAAUGGAACCUGUUUAUAGAUGCCAUGCUCUUGGUGGCAGAGAGGCUAGAGGGGCCAUUCAACAUCGAGUCAGUAAUGGAUCCUAUUGACGUCAAGAUUUCUGAAGCCAUCAUGAACAUGCAAGAAAACAGCAUGCAAGUAUCAGCAAAGGUCUUUCAAGGAUGUGGCCAGCCCAAGCCUGCUCCUGCUCUGAGGUCAUCCCGCUCAGCUCCUGAAAAUUUUAAUACCCGCUUUAGACCAUACAAUCCUGAAGAAAGACCAACAACAGCUGCUGGCACAAGUCUGGACAGGCUGGUUACAGACAUAAAAGAGAAAUUGAAGUUGUCCAAAAAGUUCUGGUCUGCUUUACCCUACACCAUCUGCAAAGAUGAGAGAGUGACAGCUGGCACGUCAAAUGAAGAGGAAUGUUGGAAUGGGCACAGCAAAUCCAGAUAUUUGCCUGAGAUCAUGAAUGAUGGGCUGACCAACCAGAUCAAUAAUCCGGAAGUAGAUGUAGACAUCACUAGACCAGACACCUUCAUAAGACAACAGAUCAUGGCCCUGCGAGUGAUGACCAACAAGUUAAAAAAUGCCUACAAUGGAAAUGAUGUGAAUUUCCAAGACACAAGUGAUGAAACCAGUGGCUCCGGAAGUGGCAGUGGCUGUAUGGAUGACAUCUGCCCCACGGAGUUUGAUUUCGUCACCACCGAAGCACCCCCUGUCGACUCUGACAGGAGAGAAGUGGACUCCUCUGCUGCCAAGCCCAGCCAUUCCCUGCUCACGUGGUCCAUCCUCUUCAUCAUCCUCUCACUGCAGAGACAGUGGAGAUAAUCCUGGAUUUUGGUCAGAGUAACUGAGUUUUAGCUAUACGAACAGCCAACUUCUUUUUUCUUACACUAUUGGACAAUGGACCAUGACACAAAUACUUACAGUUUUCUAUGAGAAGAGAGCAGUUACUGCAAUCUGCUUCCCUUUUUGUUUUUCCAAAGAGUACCGGGUGCCAGACUGAACCGCUUCCUAUUUCCUUCAGCUAUCUGUGGAGACCAUGUCUAUUCUCGAGUGAAUUCUUACUCAAAUCUUUCUUACCAAGGGACUUUCUUACCUUCAUUUGCUUCUAUGCUGCAGAAGUAAAGGGAUCUCACAUUGUGGGGUUUUUCAUUUCCUUUCAAAAAAAAAGGGUGGGGAGGGAAUGGUAGGAGAGAAAAAGAUAGAAAGAAAAUAAUUUUUCUUAAGAAUCUGGCCAAACCCCCAGACUGCUGCAUUUUCAACAAAAAAGACAAAAGAAGAUAGAAAAGAAAAAGACUCUAAACUAAAUCAUUUCUUUCCUGAAAGCCAACCCUCUAAUAUGGGCCUCUUUAUGGCAAUUCAGGUCUAUAAAAUGGUCAUUGGACGAAAGUUUGGAGAUUUUUUCUAAGAAAAAAAAAUAACGAAAAUACAGUAUGUCUCCGUGGUGAAUGGCUUGCCCUCUUGGCCGCCAACACUAUCUAAUUGGUUGGAAGGCAUUGAAAGUGAAAAUUAGAAAAUAAUCUUUAGUAGGAUACCAACACCACAAAAGAGUUCAGUAUUUAGAAUUCACAUCAACCUGCCCAGGACGCAUUUCAGCACACAUUAGUGGCACCAUUUCUCCUAAGCUAUUUAGUCUUUCUCUUUGUUAAACACUUGGCACAGGAUUUCUCUCUCUUUCUACCACCAUUGACAAAUCUUCCCUCUAAGAUUUGGGCUGAAAAACAAUCUCCAGUAGUAGAAUUUCUUCGCUUUUGCCACCGAUCUGACAUUCAUUCAGUUUCUCUGCUCCUGUGCUUACUACCCUCCCAAAGUGACAGUCCUUUCCAUGGACUGCUCACCAAAUUGGAUCCAUAGGCAAGUUUUCAUACAGAAUGACUUCCUUUGUGUCGGUUGGUUUCUGUAUCACAAGGGCAUUCGAUUACCAAGCAAAUACACCAGAGAAGCUAAAAAGAGAACAGUAAGAGUAUUGACAUGGAGAUUUCUUUCACUUUUUUAGUCUUAGUAUGAUCAUCUAUUUUUAUAUAUAUAUAUUAUAUAUAUAUAAAUCACAGAUUUUAACUUCUUAACUACAAGCUCAGGGUUGACACCCCUUUGUAACAAAAAUGUUUUGUCAACCAGCUCUUCUUGUCUUGUGCUGCUCAGAGAAGUGAUUUUUUUUAAAUGACCUAUGAGCACUGAGAAUCAAGAAAGAGAACUUUUUAUGUAUCUAACUGUCAUUUUAUUAAAAGUUCACCAGAGGACACCCUCUUUGGCAUGAAUGUGAUUUGGCUCGGGGUGCUCCUGAUCCGACAGGGCAUAUUGGGGAGACCCUGGGCGCUGCUGGAUUGGACUGGCAAAUAUGUGCAUAGAGAAUGUCAGUGAUGGAAAACUAGGAUUCCUGAUGUGGUUUGGACCCAUUACCUUAACCGGGGGUGGGAGAAGGGAGUUCAACCACCUGUAUCGUGAAGGCCAAAAUCAGAUGCAAUCAAUUCUUCAAAGGAAAAUCUGACAAAACAAGAAGAAAAACAAACAAACAAACAAAAACACCCUGUGGCAGUUGGGGGUGGGGAGGAGUUCCAUAAAAGCAAUUGGUUAUCCAAGUGUUUCUUGGUUUAUAUGAUGAAUCUGGAGUUGGUAAAGUUAGUUUCAGAUACUAUAAAGUAUUUCAGUCACAUUAAAAUUUACAAUAAUGACAUGUAAAUGGUAUUUUCAAUCUCAUUUUCUCAUCAAAAUUAUAAUUAGUUAUCGAUUUAGUCACUGCAUUUAAGUAGGAUACCCACAGCACAAUAGUAUUAUGUACACUUAAGCACUUUUACAAAAAAAUAAAUAAAUAAGGUCUUUACAAGCUACUAUGGCUAUAUUAUGCCUAAUGAAAUAGGAAAUGUAGAUUUUUAAGAGACUGUCUACCACCCUCCUAAUUUAAAUUUUUCUAAAACUCCAACACAAAUUUCCUAUUGCGUACUUUUGCAAAAAAAAGUAUAGUUUCACUGCCAAACUCUGGCUUUUUAUCGGCAAUUCUGCAUUCAGAGAGCUCUCUGCAGUGACCAAUACUUUAAAUUACCAACUUCAUUUUGUGUUUAAGAAUCAGUAUUUUGUUUCUCCAAUAAUGAAGGUAUAAAGAAAAUGACUCCAACCUGAUUUCUGAGAAUAUUUGAGCAAGAGCUGGUUUAGGCAGCUCUGAACUCAAAUUCUUUUCUUUUACAGUAUUUCCUCCUUUUCCUUCUAUGAAGUGUAUCAAGGAGAUGCCUUUUUCCUCAUUUUUUCCCAAUACAAAGGUUAUAUAUUUAUAUGUAUGUGUGUAUAUAUACAUAAUUAUGUGUAUAUAUAUAUAUUUUUUAAAACCUGAUCCAUUUACAUCUGGUAUCGAUGUUGAUUACCUACAGAAAAUCAACUGUGAAAAGAGUUGAAACGAUCAGGUCACCAUACCAUAACGCAGAUCACGUUGGGUAGACACGGUCAAUCAUCCGUCAAGUUGUACUUCUUGACUUCUCCCCUCCAUUCUUCUCGUGUCAUAUGAUUUUUCAAGUUAACUUGAGCAGUGAAGCAUCUAUUCCACUGCUGGCAUGACAUUGGCUUAAUCGAAAUUGCUACCCCUUUUCAGGAAAUCUUUGGAAAGUCUAUCUCUAACUUAAGUUCUCUCGUUUCUGAAAGUAGUAUGGUGUGGAGUACAGGAAGAAACUCCUUGAUUUUCCAUAAUUUAUCAACUUGAUGUUCCCUAAAUGUCGUCCAUUUGUCUUCACUUUAUAACCUCUGUUCUAAAUAGGGAAGAAUCAGUUCCACUGGGCUCAUUGAAAUCUGGAACUAGGAAAUAAUGAGUGGUGCUCAUAAAUGCAAACAUUUAGAUUAUUUAAAGUGCCUCUAUUUUACAUGUUCUUUAGUUAUAAUAUGUAUUUUUCUAACAGUAAUACACAUAUAUAAUAGGUAUAUAUUAUACUAUGUAUAUGUUAUAGCUAAAGACUAAAUGGAGUUUUGUCUUUAGCAGAGAAGAACAAUUAGCAAAUUCAUAAAUUAGAGUUCUGUUUAUGAUUCUGUUUGGAAGGGUAAUGAUUUGUCCUUUUACUUAAUAUUCUAUACUUUGAAUACAGGGAUCAGUAAAGCCUGCUUUGAAAUACAAGGGAUGUGAAAUUCUAAUGUAUUUGUGGAUAUUCAAACACAUUAUCUAUCAUUCACUGACAAACUAACAAUUGUAAUGAAGAAAAAAAAAUCUUUCAUCUGAACAAAAAUGUGAUUUGUUUUAAUGAUGUCAAUGUUAAGAUUUCCCUAAUUAAUGAUUUUCUAAUUAAUAUUUCCAAUUGUCAACAUUAGCUCCACUUUUGAUCUUUACCAUUACAAGUAGCUAUAUCAGGGCUACAGACUAAACAUCAGCUAAGGUCCAUAACGUGGAAGAACAAUUAACCAAUUUUUGAAACAUGAACCUAUUUACAUUUAUUUUGGCAAAGUUGAUCAUUUAUUGCUUUCUUUUUAAGGAAGUUGCCUAGCUUGGUUCCCUAUUAUAAAAGAGAAAAUUAGUAGCAGUUCAUACAAAUUUUCCUCUUGCUUAAACAAAUACAAGAGAAGCAUAACUAACACUACCACUGAUUUGCUAAUUGUUCUUCCCUGUUAUAGAUAUUAGUCAGUGUUUAGCUUUAGACUGAGACAUAUAUAUGUGAUAUAAAGCUGUAUGUACACUGGAGCCUUGCUAUAACAUGGCAUGCUAUAGCACAAAACUCAGUCUAACGGUGUCAUCUUUGACCUCAUCCAAGGUGGGAAGAAGAGGGGGUGUUUCUUACUCGAAGUACUAAAAGGAACUUGCAACAGUGCAUCUUAAUGGCAUGGUCCCCACAAAUGAAAUUAUAGCGAGGCUUCAGUGUGUGUACACACAAACUACAUGUGGUAUGUAUAUGUACACGGGUCCUCUCCUCGCUUUUUGUGUGGCUGUCAAUUACUAUGCGGGUUCAGAUUUUACAUUUCUAAUUUGGAUAGAAAGUUGCCAUUAAGCUUGUAUGAAAAUAGUAAAAGACAAAAAUUCAUCGAA